GUGGUCGUCAACUAGGUGUAUCUGGAUAGCCGGGCAGGGAUUAUCUUCUGCCUUUGUCACCAUAUAGAGACAAGACCAAAGCUGAUGUAGUUGCUAUACAUGUCGUAUGUGUCCCAAGGCGUAAUAGGAGAAUUUACCGUUCCAAAACACUGAAGUUGCAUUAUUUAUGUCACCCAAGAAAAGACAUCCCAGUAAAGUGGUGCCAAUGAGGAUCAUCGAUCGACGGAGUGAACCUAUAUAUUCAUUGUAUAGUGCAUAAGCUUUUGUGUACUUAAGAGUACUGAUCCGGCGCAGAAGGAAGAGGAUUCGUUUAGCUGAUGGACUUAGAUCAGAAUUGGAUCGAACUUCUACCAUCAUGAAGUCAAGUUGCACAUCGGGCUCGGAAUUCCAAAUAUUUCAAAUUGAAAACACACCUCUCCUGCAAUAUGGAUGGACGAAGAAAUGACCUUGCUGAAGAAAUGGAACAUUUUCGUUCUAUAAACGAGAAAUCUGUGGACGAUGUAUCUCUGGCAUUCUUUUACAAGCCUCAUACACUGACUCUGUUAUCUGUUUGUGUUUUAGGACUACUUUAUUCAGCGUUCACAAGGAAUGAUGAUGAUAAAGAUAACAACUUAUGGAUUGGCCUCUGCUGGAUCAUUUUCUUCUUUCUUGUUGUCAGUGUGCUAGCUUUCCCCAAUGGUCCUUUCACCCGCCCUCACCCGGGAAUAUGGAGGAUAGUGUUUGGACUAAGUGUGUUAUACUUCAUGGUCUUAGUUUUUCUGCUGUUUCAAAAUCGGAAAGAUGUUCGCCUGAUGAUAGAAUGGAUUUUCCCUGAUCUGAAGGGUGUGUCUCCAGAGGACAAGGAGUAUGCGGUGAACUGUUCAACGAUGGACUGGGCACGGUUCUACAGCCUGUUUGACUGCUUUGCGGCAGCCCACCUCCUGGGGUGGUUCUUCAAGGCUCUGCUGAUCCGCCACCACGGCAUUUUGUGGACCAUCAGCAUAACAUGGGAAAUAACUGAGAUGGCGUUUUCGCACUUGCUGCCUAAUUUUGCGGAGUGUUGGUGGGAUGCCUGGGUUUUGGAUGUCCUGAUCUGUAAUGGUUUAGGAAUCUGGCUGGGAAUGUAUGUCUGUCGCAAACUGGAGAUGCGCAACUACCACUGGGAAAGCAUCAAAGACAUUCACUCUACAACUGGGAAAAUCAGACGAGCUGUUCUACAGUUUACCCCUGUCAGCUGGUACAAUGUCCGUUGGUUGGACCCCCACUCCUCCACUAUGAGGGUAGUGGCCGUCUCCCUCCUGAUCAUUGUGUGGCAGUUGUCUGAACUGAACACCUUCUUCCUGAAGCAGAUCUUUGAGGUUCCUCCUUCCCACCAGAUCAAUGUAUGGAGACUGGUCCUCAUCAGCUUGAUCUCUGCCCCCUCAAUCAGGCAGUUUUAUGUGUAUGUAACUGACACCCAGUGUAGACGAGUGGGCACACAGUGCUGGAUAUUUAUCAUUGUGACCUUCACUGAAGCUAUCAUAUGUGUGAAGUUUGGACUAGAACUGUUCAAGAAGACAGAAGUUUCUUACAUUGUGAUGUGGUUGUCUAUUCAGUUUGUGGGGAGUAUACUUUGUGUAUACCUCUGUGCAGUCUACGCCAGAAACUGGAAAUGGACUACUCUGGAGGAUGGCUUUUUUAUGACAGAAGCCGAAAAAGAGGAAGAAAGACUAGCCAAUAAAAUGGCUGACCACAUAGACAAUGGAACUGUACCUGUUUUACAGAAUGGCACCCACACCACAGCCAAAGUGAAUGGGUUCUCGCAAAGUGAAAUGCCCUACAAUCUGCGGAACCGCAAUCAGAAAGUGGUCAGAAAUGGACAUGUGCACUAAGAAUCAAAAUCAAACAGUUUUUUCUGAUAUUGUACAUCAGCUUCUUGAUCAUAUUUGUGAGAGACUCAGGAUUUUUUUUAUUUCGAGGGUACGAGAGUUCAGUGCAUGUGUACUAGUAAACAUGUACCUACCGAUAUGAAUAACUUUAAUAUUUGAUAUUAUUUAAUAAUUCUGUACUGAGUUUGUAAGUCCUUUUUUGUUAUAAAUUUUGUAAUGAUAUUUUAAAUUAACCUAAUAACAGACUGAUUUACUGUGGUUUGAACUGUUUGAAAUGUAGAAAUAUAAUAGAUACUGAUAAUUCUGCUAAUGAUUGUUUUUAAUGCAUGUACCAUAUACAUUAGGCUUUUUUGGUGCUGACUUGUUGAGGAAUUGAAGCCUUUUUGUAUUGUAAGAACCUUUGUGUAAUAUGUGAUUUUUCUAGUCAUUUUUUGUCUUCUCUUUGAUAAUCAUGAUUUUAUGAUAGGGCCAGUGAAGGACAUAACAGUUAAAGUGUUAAGCUCUUUACACACAUAGUAUUUCUAGUGAAAAUUCUACAGAAGAUCUUUUGCUUUUAGGACACUGAUGUAGAAGCACCAUAGUAGUGAGCAAUGGGAACAUAAUCAGUGUUUUAUUGUGUUGUUUAUUUACAACUAAUUUACAACUAAUAAGGCAUGCCAAAAAGUGGCCAUUUGUUGACAAGAAUGAACUGGUGUACCAAGUAUGUUAAAGAACAUAGUUAUCCAAUCUGAAAAGAAAGUUGUUAUAUAUGGUGUUAUUUAUUUACCAAACUUUUUGUGUUGGAUACUAUAUUAGUAUCUAUUUAUGUACAUAUAUAUUAUACACUAGAGAGUGCAAGCAUUUAGCAGUGUAAAUGAUAACCCAUCUCAUCUUCUGUGUACUAGUAUUUGUAGGCCUCUCUCACUCUCUCUCUCUUUGUAGCAGUUCCCCGAGUUUUGAUUGGAUGUGUGUGAUUUUGAUGUGUAUGGAAUAUGUUUGUGUUCAUUUUGUAGUGUUCCUUGCUUCAUGCACUAGAACAUAAAUCAAAAUUUACUGGAAUUCUAACAGCAUUUGUUUGCUCAGUGUAGAAAGAUCUAACAUGUUGUGCAGUAUUUGAUGAAUAUUUUAUGUAUGUGUUUGUUUGUUUUUCUUGAUUUGUAAUCCUCAUAACAAAUUUUUGGAGUUCUUUUUGCAUUUUGUUACAUUUAUAUUGG